UCUUGUCAUUCAAUCCACUUCUCCAUCUCUCUCAACUCAAAUUCUCUCCCCUCCCUCUCUCUCUCAUUAUCAAAUCAUUCAAACAAAAACAUCUUUCUUCUUUAAUUUCUAAAAGAAAACAGAAGAAAAACAAGAAGUAGAAAUGGAAAUGGAAAGUAAUGCACCAGCAGUAGCUAAAAGAGUAUGGAGUAUGGUACGUGUGGUUUACUUCAUGUUGAGAAAAGGCAUUUUAAAAGGCAAGCUCAUGAUGGAUCUCAAAAAUAUCAUGCUCAAACGCCGCGGCAAGCUCGCCGGCAAAGCCAUUGCCAACCUCAUGUUCCACCACGGCGCCUCCUCCGCCGCCGCCUCACGCCCUCAAUUCUCUGCCUCCAGGGAAUAUGAGUUCAGCUGCAGCAACACCCCCAACUACAACUUCUUCUCCGCGGGGAAGCGCAACCGCCACAACAGCCACCACAACAACCACUUCUUCACCUGUGCUCACGCGCCGCCCACUCAGGACGACGAGGUGGUGACUGCAAACGCUGUGAAGGCGGUGCUGGAGAUGCUGAACAAUGAAACAGAGGUGUUUUACUCCCCUGCUCUUCCUGGGUUCGGACCGAGCCCGAGCCCGAGGAAGGUGAGGCAGUUGAGGGUGACAGACUCGCCGUUUCCCCUGCGAGAGGCGGAGGAUGAGAAGGACAACCAGGUGGACAAGGCGGCAGAGGAGUUCAUAAAAAGGUUUUACAAGGAUUUGAGGAAGCAGGAUUGAGUGAAUCAAUUUCAAUUUGAAUUUUGAAUUUUGAAUUGAACCUACUAUGUAUGUAUCUACCUAGUAUAGUACCUAGCUACCACCCUUGUGGAGUUCAUAUGUUUAUCUGUUAAUAAUAAUGUGUUGUACUGUUGUCGAUCCCCAGUUCUUUGUGGGAGGUUGUAACUAUAAGAUGCAUGUUAUAUAAUAUAUACUAUAGCAUGUUCAGUUUAGUUUA